GUCGAGACCAUCACCGCCCGCCUGCCCUGUCGUCCCCCCGUUCCUGGAGCGCAACAAAACCAGUCUUCGCCUCGCUCACGGCCGCGGCAACUCCACGACGUUACAUGUAGGGAAAGCAACACCAGAACUGGUCAGAUACGACGCCAUGGACCCGCAAGCCAUCUUGAGUGCCGGUGGUCUGGAGGCCAUCGAGAUCGACACGCAGCGCCUGUUUGAGGACUAUUGGCAGCGCGGCAAGUACGAUGGGAAACCCCUGGUUCUCGAUGCCGCGAUACUUGCGCAGGCUACGGGCGGUAACAGCAGUGGAGAGACUGGGGAGCCGGGAUCGGGACAAGGGAAGGGCAAGGGGAGAGCAGGAUCCAAACCUGAUUUGCAGUCCGCCACGAGCAGCGGCAGCACGAGCUCCGCCAACGAAGCCACAACUAGUGAGACUACUCCUGCUUUGACCAAAGCACAAGCCAGGAGGGCUCAAGUCCGGAGAGCUCAGAUCCAGCACCGCCAGCGAAAGGCAGACUACACGAAGCAACUCGAGAUGGAAACGGCCAAGUACCGCGACCUUGUCGGCCAGACACAGCGCGAGACGUACGCGCUCGAGGCCGAGAACACUGCCAUGCGCAAGAUGCUCCUUGACAAGCUAGGCUACCUACCACCAGAGGCUCUGCCGUCAUCCUCGUCGUCAGAUAGUCUGUCGACCGAGCCCAGCGCUGAUGCCAUGGCCUGGGAGGCAACGGGUGGCGGCCAAGUUGCCCAUGUCUCAUCGUCUUCUGAACGGUCAAACUCUGCGUCAUCCAUCCCCACGCCCGUGUACUCGGUGAGCGUGGCCAUGUCAGAGGUCAUGGGCACUCCUGCAAUGCAGGUAAGGAGGACGUCAAGCCCGCCACAAGUAUCGUCACGAUCAGGGAGUGUGUCAAAGUCACGGACACCACCGUCUGCACACGCGUCGAUGGCCUCCGAGGCUGCAUCCCAGCACGGAAAUCCACAGGUUGCCAUCAAGCCUGCCGAUAUCAUUACAAGCCUGACGGAGGAGCAGACUGAUCACGCUAUCAAUUUCAUUCUUGGGCUCGAGCAUAUAUGCUGGGAUCACUGGGACAGGUCCUACUUCACACACCAGGCCUACGACGAGACGGGCUGCAUGCAUGGCCACGCAUUGAUGGCAAGCACGAUUGCACUACAGACUGCACCUGUGGAGGUCUUCAAUCAGCUCGAUGCUGUUGGGGAAUACUUGCGCUCGAACCCCCUCCAGCAGCACGACCGGUCCAAGCAUGGCAAGUGUGAUCACAACAGCAUGCCCAUGGCCCACCUAGACCAGGAUCAGCACGCCAUGCUUUCAGCCUCGGAUGAGACGUCCACUAUUUCGUCAUCCGCGCACGCAACGUCGCUCACAAGAUCCCCGGAAUCGGGUUCAACAGCGAGCACGUCAGGAGGCAGUCUUCCGCAGACUUCCACAGCCGAGAGCCAGAUGCCGCAGUCGGGAGAUGCUAGCCGGGCGUCGGGCCCCAGCAUACCCAUGCUUCAGGACGGCAACAACAUCUCGUGGCCGGCGACGGGUCUGAGUUUGGAGACGCUCCACGCGCUCGCCAGCAAGCUUAGCCCGCCACAGACGGAACUGGCACCAGUGCAGGCAUGGUUUGAGAUUCUGCGUGAGUACGGCACGGCUGUGGUGCUGGACCACGAGCUCAUGGGGCGGGUGCUGGCCGAGUUUUCGGGCGUGGUGAAGUGUCUGCACUUUGGUGCCGUCAUUGAGCGCGAUGCAUUUGACAGUGUUGUGUCACGGGUGAUUGCCGCGGCCCAUUGGUCGUGAUACUCGCCCGCGAGUGCGAAUUGAGGGAUGGGUCUUGGACUUGCAGUCCUUUCAAAGGAUCAUGGGAAACCACGACGUCCGUGACCAUUUCAGAGAGAGGUCCUGGAGUAACAAAGUGA